GCCAGGAUCGACUUUCAGUGCACAGUUUCAAAUUGUGUGUCACCAUGGCUCGGGUACUAGCGGUACUCUUCGUCACUUUAAGUGUCUUAUUUCAAGCAGCCUGGAGCUCUGCUAUAGGUUCCAAAAACGUGGGCGUUACUGGUGGCAGCGUCAUCCACAUUGAACAAGCACCUUACAUGGCUUUGCUGUACACCCAACCGGACGCUCCGUGUGGUGGGGUUAUUAUUGACGAACAGUAUAUCCUGACCUCUUCGGUCUGCUGUAACCAGAGAACGGAAGAUCUAUAUUGCUUCGUAGGGACAAACAGAAAAGAGCAAUUGGGGCGUGCCGUCAUAAUUGAUAAGAUUUUCAAGUAUCCUAGGGACUUAAAGCCAAGUAUUUGUUUGAUAAAACUCCGGGAGCCGUUGCGAUUCAGUAAUACAGUCGCCAAAAUCGCAUUGAAUGACGGGAGCAUUAUACUUUCUAGAGAUACGAUUGCGACACUAACAGCAUUUGGUGCGGCAAAUAGUAAGGAUGUGUCACUUAAGGAGCUCCGCCAGGGAGAUAUCCCCAUUUCUGAUGUCGACUGGUGUAAGAAGGAGGAUAAACGCUUAGGCGACCUCCAGCUCUGCGCUGGAGACCAGGAACAUAACGGGUGUUAUGGAGACGUUGGCGGAGCUUUAACCGUUGAAAACACACUGGUGGGAGUAUUGGCUGUUGUACCUAACGAUUGUAAAUACCAGCCGUCACGUUUUGCUAGAAUUAGCUCUUAUAAACAGUGGAUCGAACAAGUUAUCAGAAAGAACCCUUAAACUAGGUAUCGAACAUUACUAUCAGAGAAAACCCGUAAACAAGACAGUUGAAGACGCAAAUCAAAAUACUUUAGGUUCCGUGCUCUUUACAUUUCAUUCGCUUUCCUUUGUUCCAUUUAACUUGAGAAGAGGAUUUUUGUUUCUUUUUUUGCAUACUUGACCCAUUAUUUCAUACAGUAUUGUCCAUAGUUUUUUGCUAAAUAUCAAUAAUUAUUCUUUUCUUGUAAUUCUGCUAGUGAAUUCUGGUAGUGAUGUUUUACCAGUUUUAUUAUUCUUAAAACAAGACUAAUUAAUUUUCCUACCAGACUCAAAACUAUUUUUCCAUCUAGAUAUUAAAUAAGUAACACUUACAGAACUAUAUAUCAAUACCUAUAAAGUUUUAUGCAUAUUCCCCA